AUGAAGGUGUGCGGUAUUUUGCUGCCAGUAUCCCUGGACAUCUGCACUCAACUGCUAUCCAGAUGCCGCAGAUUCGACUGGCAGAACACCAUUGUCACUGGAGAUGAAAAAUGGGUCCCCUACGUCAACCACACCCACAAACGUGCCUGGUGCGCUGGCGAUGAAAUGCCGGAUCCUUUCGCGAAAGAUGAAAUCCAUGAGAAGAAGGUCAUGCUGAGCGUCUGGUGGGAGUUCAUGGAAUCUAUCGUUUCGAACUGCUGCCGGACAACACGACAGUUACUGUCGAGGUCUACUGCUCAACUGCAAAGACUGGCCCACAAGAUCCGCAAGGAGCACCACAUUCCCUCAGGCCAACUGUGUCGGAUUUCUUUAUCCGUUUCUUAG